AUGGCGAUGAUGAUGGCUGGCCGUGUGCUGCUGGUGUGUGCCCUCUGCGUGCUGUGGUGCGGUGACGGCGGUAGAUGUGACGAGGAGGCAGGAGGUCCUGCCGGUGGUGCUGGGGGAGGGAGUGGUGGUAAAGGUGCUGUGGGGUCGACUGAAACUUCAGCGCCAGGACCAGACGCCUCGGAUCCACCAAAAGAUGUGCCUAAGGCUAAUCAAUCAACAGAAACAUCUACAGGAAAAUCUUUGGAAGUAAACGAAGUUAAUGCUGAACAACAGGAUGUUGCUCCUGGAAUGGAGGAUGAAAAAAAAAAGAACCCUUCAGACCAUUUAGAAGAACCAUUGAAAGAUGAUCAAGGAAACGAAAAAACAAAGACGCAAUUACAAAAUAAAGAACAGGAAUUAAGGCAACCGCCACAAGCGCAAGUAAAUAUACCACAGCAACCGCAGUCACAAACGCAACUGCAGCCGCAGCCACACACUCCUGCUUUAGAAGAGGGUGAAGGUGUUGGCGAGAACAAUGCGGGUGGAGCAGGUCAGUCCUCAUUGGGAGUAGAAAAUAUUGGAAACGAGGAUUCAAGGGCCCUCGGGAAAGGAGACUCAUUAAAGGGUCCAGGUAAAGAAUCAGAAAGCAGUGAACCGGUCCAAACGACAGUGCCAAAAACAGUACCGCCGGAGCACAAAACCCAAAAUGAAGAGUUAACUCCGGAACAAAAGACAAAUCAAAGCCAAAGCACGGAUAAAUCCACGAACCUACCCGAACUACAAAAGGAAAAUAAGGAAUAUCCUGCCUCUACGGAAGGUGCGGCGCAGAGUACAUCAACUGGCACUCAAGAACAAGAAGCUGAGCCAUCUACAAGCGAAGAAACUUCUCCUUUUGAGGAGGAACACUCCACAGGGACGAAGACAACCGAGGAUGCUCAAACUCCGGAUGCUGCCGCGACAGAAAAACGCCAAACUGGCGAUAAUGAAAAGCUUGGCGACAGUGACGGCAGCACCGCGGUCUCCCACACCACCUCCACUCUUUUGCUUCUUCUUUUUGUUGCGUGUGCGGCUGCUGCUGCGGUGGUGGCCGCGUGA